AUGCAUUUUUUAGGGCCGGCGCCGGUAGUCAGCGCUUUUCAGAAAUUACACAGGGCGGUGGGUGGCGGUGCGAACGGUGUGCGGGAUAUGACGUUCGAUUUAAAGGGUAGGUGCGUAGGGUGGGGGUGGCCCUGGCUGGCUGCAGGGCGGCUGUUGACGGGCGCGUGGCGCAUGCGUUCUGGUGUCGCAGGCGCCCGCCGCCGCCCGAUUUCCGUGCCGAUGACAGUUCGCCGGGACUUACUUCCUCGAUACCGCGUGUCCGCGGCGUCGCUGCAUCCAGGCCGAGCCGAGCCCCGCGCCUGGCGCCGCUAUAGCACACCAGCUACGCACCGACUCACCACGUCGAUGGCAUACUGA